CAGCAACUUCGCGCGCACCAUUUUCCAGUAAAAUCUCACCAAUGCACUUUCUUUGACAGCUGCUUGAACGACCACUGCUUUUACUUGCAUUUCCGCCAUGAUCAAAUAGCCCUGCAAUAGCAAAACGUUACCUGCACUUUGUCGUCCACAAUACCCGCGCAGUCGCCAUCUUGUCUUGCACUAAUCUAGUAGCCAUGAAAAACAAGAGCAUUGGGAUCAUCGGCAUGGGCGUCAUGGGUAAGAUGUACGCCAAUAGACUCAGCAAUGCUGGAUGGAGCAUAAAUGCCAGCGACGUACCCGAGAAAUAUGAGCAGUUGCAGAAAGAAUAUAGCGCUAGCAAAAAUGUCUCAAUCCUGCCGAACGGUCAUCUCGUCUCGCGCUGUAGCGAUUAUAUCAUCUAUAGUGUAGAAGCCAAGUUCAUUAAUGAAGUUGUAGCUCAGUACGGUCCUUCUACGAAGCUCGGCGCUAUCGUUGGAGGGCAAACCUCUUGCAAAGCUCCCGAAAUUGCUGCUUUCGAGAAACAUCUACCCCCUGACGUUCACAUUGUUUCCUGCCAUUCUCUGCAUGGCCCAGGUGUGGACCCAAAAGGGCAACCACUAGUCUUGAUCAAGCAUCGAGCAUCGGAAGAAAGUCUGGCACUCGUGGAGAAUAUGCUCUCGUGUCUUCAAUCAAAGUAUGUCCAUCUUACAGCUGAACAACACGACCGUAUCACUGCAGACACGCAGGCAGUUACACAUGCAGCUUUCCUAAGCAUGGGUGCUGCUUGGAAGGCCAAUAAUCAAUUCCCGUGGGAGAUCGGGCGAUACCUAGGUGGCAUCGAGAAUGUGAAGAUCAACGUCACACUCCGCAUAUAUGCGAACAAGUGGCAUGUCUAUGCUGGUCUUGCCAUUCUGAACCCUGCUGCCCAGAAACAGAUUAAGCAAUAUGCCGAAUCUGUAACAGAGCUAUACAAGCUAAUGCUCGGGGGUCAUCGCUCCGAGCUAUCAGAUCGCAUCAAAACUGCGGGUGCUGCAGUAUUCAGGUAUGACCAAGACCAGGACCUGUUACUUGAGGAUGAGCUUCUUGACCAAUUUUCUCUGGGAGCUAUCCCGAAAGAGAGGGUCAGGAAUAAUCAUCUGAGCUUACUGGCCAUGGUCGACUGUUGGUGGAAGCUAGGUAUUGUGCCUUACGACCACAUGAUAUGUUCGACUCCGCUGUUUCGAAUGUGGCUUGGCAUUACAGAGUAUCUGUUUAGAAAGCCAGAUCUCCUUGAGGAGGUCAUCGAUACUGCCAUAACCGAUAACACGUUCCGUGCUGACGACUUGGAGUUCACGUUUGCCGCUAGGGACUGGAGUGAUCGAGUCAGCCUGGGCCAUUUCGACGGAUAUAGGGCAAAGUUCGAAGACAUUCAAAAAUACUUCGCACCCCGGUUCCCUGAGGCAACCAAGCUUGGCAACGAAAUGAUCAAGACGAUUCUGGAGAGGACUAGGGAGAAGUAGAGAAUAUCAAGACUUUGCCAUACGAUCAGCCUGUCUGGCACGCUAGCUAUCUGUAAGACCACGUAGGAAGACGGAUCGCUUGGCCUAGGCGGCAUCACGGCAGAUCGACUAUGCUAGCUCCUUGGCGCGAAUCGCAGACGGGAAUGAGAAUGUGUUUACAGGAUGAAUCGGUAGAACUCCCGUGCACGCUACAAACUUCAUGCCAACAGCCGAAAUGAUAGUUGCAGGCAAGGAUGGUAAAAGUAACCGGACUUAAGUGCAGAGAGUCCCUUAAAGGCGAUCCGCCGGCCGCGCUAGGGCAUCGGGACCGGGCUCAUAUAAAGCCCGCAGCGGGCGGGUGUGGAGAGCUUACAGUAGGAACGUCAUCGUCACUACAGCGCCAUCUCCAACCAAUUGACAUAAUAAAUGGACUGGGAC